AAGAAAACCUAUCUUUUCCUCUACUACUUAAUCCAGUUCUGUGGCCAUUCAUGGAUAUUUACAAAUAUGACAGCCAGAUUCUUUUCAUUUGGAAAAGAUUCAAUGGCUGACACUUUUUAUGCUAUUGGACUUGUGAUGCGACUUUGCCAGUCCAUCUCCCUCUUGGAGUUGCUGCACAUACGUGUCGGCAUUGAAUCAAGCCAUCUUCUUCCUAGGUUUCUUCAGCUCACAGAGAGAAUAAUCAUCCUCUUUGUGGUGAUCACCAGCCAAGAGGAAAUCCAAGAGAAAUAUGUGGUGUGUGUUUUAUUCAUCUUUUGGAAUCUGUUGGAUAUGGUUAGGUACACUUAUAGCAUGUUAUCAGUCAUAGGAAUAUCCUAUGCUGCCCUGACUUGGCUUAGUCAAACACUGUGGAUGCCGAUUUAUCCUUUGUGUGUUCUUGCUGAAGCAUUUGCCAUCUAUCAGUCAUUGCCUUAUUUUGAAUCAUUUGGCACUUACUCCACAAAGCUGCCCUUUGACUUAUCCAUCUAUUUCCCGUAUGUGCUGAAGAUAUAUCUCAUGAUGCUCUUUAUAGGUAUGUAUUUUACAUACAGUCAUCUUUACUCAGAAAGAAGAGAUGUCCUCAGAGUCUCUCCCAUUAAAAAGAAGAAAAUGUGAAGCACAGCAUUAUGAUGAUGAAAAAAGAGGCUUGUGGAUUCCGCUGUAGUAAGCACAACACAGAGAGCAUUCUGGUGGAAAAAAAAACCCAAAAACUAGUAUCUGACAAAAAUCCCUGACAUGAAAUAAUCGUCUUCAUCCCCAAACUCUAAGACAUAUCAAAGCAGUCUGUGAUUCUCACACAUUAUAUUUUCGAACCAUAUACUCUGAACAACCUAUUUCACCACAGCUGUGGAUUUUAUACAAGUUAAAUUUAUAUUGUGUGAAACCUGAUUAUUUCCCUGUAAGGGUAAUGAGAAACUGGAGAUUAACUGCAGUAGAGUCAAUCAAAUUGAGAAACCAAAAUUGUUAACCUAAAUUACAUCUAUUCACUUCUAUUUCUUUUCACUUCUGAGUUCCCAAAGAGCAGCAGAUCCACAAGAGGGGGGCGAUGUGAAAUAUGCUCUGCAGUUGUCUAGAAUAACAUUUUAUAGACAGAUGUCACUGUUCCCAGAGGUAACACCCACUUUAAACAUCAGACACACUCAGAAAAUUAAACAUCUUCCCAAAUCCAAAAGAGUAUUCAUUAAUAUUACACCCAAUAUUUGGGCUUUGAUGCCUUAAAGGAGGACCCUGAUGAAAACAGAAUACUUUUGGUAAAAAUACAAAUAAUGCCCCAAAUUCCUUUUUAAAAAUACAGGUCACAUAUACCUUACAGGGAGAUAAAAGGCAUAAGAAUAUAGUAAAUCAUUUAAAGGAAGUAAGAAAAUUAAGAACUAGUCAUAUUUCAAUUCAUUUAUUACAGAAUUACUAUUGCUAAUUACUAUGUCAUAUAAGUCAUCACUUAUAGUUUUGAAAACUUUCUUUGAAAACUUUCUAAAAUACAUGUGAAUAAUUGACUAAUAGAAUCAUUUCUGAACCAUCAGUAUAUCAUUUUUCUUGAAAGAAUGAUAGAACCUUAUUACAUAGAAGGUAUUAAUUUAUCUUGUUACAUAAAAACAAAGUACAAAAAAUUGAAAAAAAAUGAUUUUAUACCAUUAAAUAAAACAGUUGGGAAGAAACA